ACUCGAUUGCCAUCUAUUCUGCUCAACCCAAAUCGUUAAAGAUGGCAAAAUUCGCAAUUGCUUUGUGCCUCCUGGUCGCUUCAACCGGUAUUCAAGGCUCGAGUCUUCUCACUACUUUGGAGAAUGCGGCAAGUGCUGUAGCCUCGACUAUGUCGAUAUCAGCCGUAGCUUCCGCAAUUGAUUCGGAAGUGAGCAGUUUGACUUCCUCCACUAGCUCAAGUUCUAUUUUAUCUGUUAUUACUUCGACGUCUACCUCGGGAAUAACGACUUUCGUCACCGAAGUUGAGACGAUUUUUAGCGAAAUGGAAACUGCAUUCCAAUCUCUUUUGACCGAAGCCACAUCAAUAGAAAGUGUAGCUAACGCAACUAUCGUAUCCGCGACGAGUGAAAUUGCAACAGUUGUUGAAUCGUAUUCCAAUUCGAAUGUUGACUUGAGCUCGUGUACUACCGUGGUUACGGAAUUUGAAAUACUUGCCGCUAGUGCAAUGAAUGAAACAACUGUCUGCGCCAGUACCUAUAUAACUGACAUAACUACUGAUUAUGAGGAAACAGUAUCUGCGAUGGCAGAUCUCUUAGAAGAUCUGUAUGAUAUGGCAAAAGAAGCGAACUCAUGCAGUAUAGACGAUUUCUUUACUUACAUUUCAUGUAUGGCAGAGGCGGUUGCUGAUUUGUCAACGACGGCUGCCACUGACUUUGCGACCGUGAUGGCCGACGCGGCCACUCUUAUGACAGAGAUGAGCGAAGUCGAGACAAAAUUAGAAUCAUGUGGCAUUUCGUCUGCGGUGUCGACGCUUCAGGAUAAUUUAGUCACAUACAUAGCAGAGUACGCAGAAUGUGCAGAGGCGUUGGGUGCCACUGCUACAGAAUAAACUUCUUUACAAGUUAUAUGCUCAAUAACGAUAUUAGAUCGAACGUAGUGUAUAUGUAUUCAAGUCGGAUAAUAAAACAUAAUGUCAUUGCAA